AUGGCACCAGCUCUGACAUUACCAUACGAGCCUGAGCCCGAGCUCGAAUCUGAACAUUUCCAUGUUCUGGAUUUACCAGCACUUUACACAAAGCCCAGCCCAAUCGUCCUCCUGAAGACUCUCGAAAAACUCACUCUCCCGCCGCCAUCAUGGGACCGCCCGCCAGCAAGCCAGCAAAGCACGCCCCCUGGACUUACCAACUGGCUCACCGGCAUAAUUGCCUCUCCCCUGCAGUGGAUCCCCGACGAAGCCGUCCAGGAGCAAAUCUGGGAGUCUGCAAGUUCACGGCUCGCCGAGCGGUGUGGUAGGACUGCCAUGCCAUCCACAGACCGAACAUUCAAAAUCUCUGCCUCCCUCACCCUCACAAUCCACGAACCCACCCUCACCGCCGACAACCUCGGCCUCAAAACCUGGGCCAGCUCCUACCUCCUCUCCAAACGCCUCCCGCAGCUGCCGCUCCCCGCAUUCCCCGCGGGGGCCCGCGCCCUCGAGCUCGGUUCCGGCACGGGACUCGUCGGGCUCGCCGCCGCCGGGACGCUGCCAGGGGUGAGCUCCGUCCUGCUCACCGAUCUCCCCGAGAUCGUGCCCAACCUGCGACGGAACGUGGAGCGGAACCGUGCUGCUUUGGGGGGCGGCGGCGCUGUUGAUGUUGAUGUUGAUGUUGCGGUGCUGGACUGGCGGGAUUGUGGCGAGGUGGUGGAGGAGGCGCGGCGGUUUGAGCUGGUGCUGGCGGCGGAUCCGAUUUAUUCGCCCGAGCACCCGGGGCUUUUUGCGGGGGUGGUGGGGCGGUGGAUGAAGAGGGAUGCGGGGGCGAGGGCGGUGGUGGAGCUGCCGUUGAGGGUGGGGUUUGAGCGCGAGAGGGAGGAUUUUAAGGUGAAGAUGGGGGAGCAGGGGCUGGUGGUGGUUGAGCAGGGGGUGGAGACGGGGUGGGAUGAUUGGGGGAAUGGAGAGGUGAGUUGUUGGUGGUCGAUAUGGAGCUGGGGGCGUUAA